ACACCACACACCACCGAGCAGCAGCAACCAGAGCUGAAAACCAAGCAGAAGCAAAGGACUCGCUCGCUCGCUCGAUCGGCAUGAACGUGGGAUUGGCGCCGUGGGGGGUGGCCGCCGCGGCGGCGGCGGUGCUGCUGGCGUCGUGGGCGUUCAAAGCGGCGGUGCACCUGGUGUGGAGGCCCCGCGCCAUCGCCAGGCGGCUGCGGGCACAGGGCGUUGGCGGGCCGGGCUACAGGCUCUUCUCCUCCGGCAACCUCGCCGAGAUCAGGAGGUUCUGCGGUGAGGGCGCCGGCCUCGUGCUCGAUGUCUCCUCGCAUGAUUUCCUCCCAAUCGUGCAGCCACACUUCGGGAAGUGGAUUCCCCUCUAUGGAAGGAUAUUCUUGUACUGGUUUGGUGCACAGCCAAAUAUAUGUUUGGCCGAUGUGAGCAUGGUGAGGCAAGUACUAUCGGACCGAACAGGGAUUUAUCUGAAGAACGUGACGAACCCUCAUUUUGUACGCCUACUUGGCAAGGGGCUUGUGCUCACUGAUGGUGAUGAGUGGAAGCGUCACCGCAAGGUGGUCCACCCAGCAUUCAACAUGGACAAUCUCAAAAUGAUGACGGUGACCAUGUCUGCCUGUGCUCAAUCCAUAAUGUCAGAGUGGGAAGCAAAGUUGGAGACAAAGGGUAGUGUCAUUGAGAUUGAACUGAACCAGCAGUUUGAGGAGCUCACUACGGAUGUGAUCUCCCACACGGCAUUUGGUAGUAGCUACAAAGAGGGGAAGCAUGUCUUCUUGGCACAAAGAGAGCUUCAAUAUCUUGCCUUCUCCACCUUCCUCACUGUUCAAAUCCCAUGGUUCAGCUACCUUCCGACCAAGAAAAACCUCAAGACACGGUCGCUUGACAAGAAGGUGAGGGGCAUGCUCAUGAACAUCAUCAAGAGUCGGCUCGCCAACAAGGACAUAGAUGGGUAUGGGAAUGAUUUGCUCGGGCAUAUGUUAGAAGCAUGCAUGCCAGAGCACAGUGAAAGCCAAUCACAACUGAGCAUGGAUGAGAUCAUUGAUGAGUGCAAGACUUUCUUCUUCGCAGGGAACGACACCACCUCACGCCUGCUCACAUGGACAAUGUUCCUACUCGCCACGCACCCAGAGUGGCAGGAGAAGCUAAGGGAGGAGGUGGUGACUGAAUGUGGCAGCGAGGUGCUCACCGGUGAUAUGCUCAACAAGUGGAAGCUAGUCAACAUGUUCCUCCUCGAAACCUUGAGGCUAUACAGCCCUGUCUCACUCGUACGAAGGAGGGCUGGCACUAAUCUUGAGCUUGGUGGCAUCAUGUUGCCCAAGGGCACACUAUUGACAAUCCCAAUAGCCACGAUUCACCGUGACACUAAUGUGUGGGGAGAGGACGCUGGUGAGUUCAGGCCAAAGAGGUUUGAAAACGGGGUGUCGAGAGCGGCGAAGCACCCAAAUGCACUGCUCUCCUUCUCGAGUGGGCUGAGGUCAUGCAUUGGACAGGACUUUGCAAUGCUCGAGGCCAAGGUUGUCAUCGCCAUGAUAUUGCAGAGGUUCUCCUUCACAUUAUCACCAAUGUAUAUCCAUGCGCCCAUAGAAGUGAUCACGUUGCGUCCCAAGUACGGGCUUCCUAUGGUCCUUAAGAGCCUCAAGCUCUAAGGGGAGAUACAUAACAUAUAUCCGAAUUAUGCUACCUUUCUUAUGCCACUUCAGUUUAUGUAUGAGUAAUUUCUUAUAUUGAUGUUAUUUAGGUAAUGUACUGAUAUAUUUCAUUUGUAAAAAAAUUGGAUGUGAAUUUAUAUGCUUUGCUUGUUGAUCGGGUAUAAGAAACUUUGUAUUGGUAGCUUAUCAACCAAGCAGUAUUGUUGACUUUCUAAAAAAACAGUACUUUUGAUACAAGGUCAAAAGAAGAAG